CGAGGCCUCACCAGCUCCGGCUCCUCGCCCAGGAGAAGCUAAGGGCGGUGAUCACCAUGACCGCCGAGGAAGGCAAGGCCGACGAGAUGAGCGCGGCGCCCGGCGGAGAGGGAGGCGUGGACAUCACCCCCCACAACGACGGAGGGGUCCUCAAGAUUAUCAAGAAAGAAGGAAUAGGGACAGAAUCUCCCAUGAUAGGUGAUAAAGUGACUGUUCACUAUACUGGAUGGCUUCUAGAUGGCACAAAGUUUGAUUCAAGCCGGGACAGAAAGGACAAGUUCUCAUUUGACUUUGGGAAAGGUGAAGUAAUCAAAGCCUGGGAUAUUGCUGUUGGUACUAUGAAAAUGGAGGAACUUUGUCAAAUUAUCUGCAAACCUGAAUAUGCCUAUGGCUCUGCUGGCAGCCCCCCUAAAAUACCUCCCAAUGCUACAUUAAUGUUUGAGAUAGAGCUGUUUGAGUUCAAGGGGAAAGACCUUACAGAUGAUGAAGAUGGUGGAAUAAUUCGAAGAAUCCGUAAGAAGGGAGAAGGGUACUCCAAACCCAAUGAGGGAGCCCUUGUAGAGAUUGAGGUAGAAGGUUGGCAUGGAGACACAGUGUUUGACAAACGGGAGCUGCGGUUUGAAGUAGGAGAGGGAGAAAACUAUGACCUUCCUCCAGGCUUGGACAAAGCACUGCAGAAAAUGGAGAAGUUGGAAGAAUCUGUGGUGUAUCUCAAACCCAGCUAUGGUUUUGGAAGUGCUGGGAAGCAGAAGUUUCAUAUUCCUCCAGAUGCAGAGCUACAGUAUGAAAUCAAACUCAAAAGCUUUGAAAAGGCUAAGGAGUCCUGGGAGAUGAACACAGAUGAGAAGCUGGAACAAGGCACCAUUGCAAAGGAAAAGGGCACCCAGUAUUUCAAAGAGGGGAAAUACAAACGGGCAACAUCACAGUACAAGAAGAUUGUUUCAUGGCUAGAGCAUGAAACAGGGCUCUCCGAUGUGGAGGAAGCAAAGGCCAAGAGCUUGAGACUGGCUGCCCAUCUUAACCUGGCCAUGUGCCAUCUGAAACUAAAGGAAUAUUCCCAGGUCUUGGAGAACUGCAACAAGGCCCUGGAGCUGGAUAGCAGCAAUGAGAAAGGCCUUUUCCGGCAUGGUGAGGCCUGUCUGGCUGUCAAUGACUUCGAGUUAGCAAGAGCAAAUUUCCAGAAGGUGCUACAGCUCUACCCAAGCAACAAAGCAGCUAAAACACAGCUAAUAAUCUGUCAGCAAAAGAUCCGUGAACAGCAUGAGAAAGAGAAAAAGAUGUAUGCAAACAUGUUUCAGAGACUUGCAGACAAGGAAGCAAAGCUGGAAACUGAAACAGUCCGCAAAGAAGAGACAGACUUGAAAGUCGAAAAACAGAAUGGAGUUGAAGAUAAAGCAGAAGUUGACAUAGAAGCUUGAAACUGAAAUGCUGUUCUGUUAAUUUUGUAAAACUGAAGAAUUUCCAGUGAACUAGACCUUUAUUUUUCUAUCUAAAAUGAAUGAGGGGCAUCAGCUGGGCUAUGGUGUUGCUUUGCGUCUGUCUCUGUAGGAAACAUUGCUGGCAGAACAGACCUGAGUAAUCUUAUAGACUUUAUUUAUUCAA